AUGGCUUCCCAUAGCUUGAACACCCUCCACACCGUGUUCGAUUACAUUUGGGACCGCGAUCCGGCCAAUGACGACUUCGUAAACAACCUCGUCGUGCUCGGAAACACCUACGCCCCCUCCACCGCCCCAAAAGACGACAAACCAUCAGACCUCAAAUUCCUGUUCCAGCGAUUGAAACAAGAACCCCCGACACCAGAAUCGUGCUGGCCCAUCGAUUUCCUCCAGGACGUGUACACACGUAUCUGGCUCACGUACCGCACAGGGUUCCCCAUCAUAGACCGCGCAGAAGACGGACCCAGUCCCCUUAGUUUCGGCUCGCUAAUUAGAGGAACAAUCGACAUCUCCACGGUUACCAAAGGUUUCACCACCGACGCAGGCUGGGGAUGCAUGAUUCGCACGUCUCAGUCGUUGCUGGCCAACAGUCUACUCAACCUCAAGCUGGGAAGAGACUGGAGAUACGCCAAAUCGCAAGACUCGCCGCAACACGAGCAGAUCGUGUCGUGGUUUGUGGAUAUCCCGUCAGCUCCGUUCUCGAUCCACAAUUUUGUUGAACAAGGGACCCUGUGUUCGAAUAAGAAACCGGGCGAGUGGUUUGGUCCGUCCGCAGCAGCACGCAGCAUCCAGGUGCUGUGCGAAGAAAACUACAAAGACGCAGGAAUUGAGGUGUACGUCACCUCCUCAGGUGACCUGUACGAAGAUGAGCUGUCGAAAUUGGCUACAAAAAAUGGGGAGUUCCGGCCGGUGCUGAUUCUCGCGGGUAUUAGACUCGGAGUCAAGAACGUCAACCCGCUGUAUUGGGACUUCCUCAAGAAAACUUUAAGCUGGCGUCAAUCUGUGGGGAUUGCCGGUGGCAGACCGUCAUCGUCGCACUAUUUUUUCGGCUACCAAGGCGACUACCUAUUUUACCUGGACCCGCAUCUUCCUCAGAAAGCGUUGUUGGUUGUGUCCGAGUCUGAUCCGUCAGACUCGCAGACUUUUGUGGAGGUGGAGUCGCAUUUGAAUCUCGAGUCGGUGCACACAAACAAGAUCCGCAAGCUGCAUCUGGACCAGAUGGACCCUUCGAUGUUGAUCGGGCUUCUUGUUGAGGACCAGGACUCGUUUGACGACCUCAAGCGACAGGUCAACGCCCACGACGCCAACUCGCGGUUCUUCAACUUCUUUGACUCUCGUCCGCUCAUGAUCUCCAAAGACUCUGGAGUCGUUGACGAGAGCGAGUUUGUGGACCUGGGGGUGAUGUCGAUGAACGAGUACGACGCGAUUGAGGACGGCGACGAGAGCUGCAUUGGAACUCUACGCAAAGAGCGCGCGUUUUCGCACCCGGUGAUGGUGGCCAUGGAGUCUGAAGAGCCGGAGGAGUUGGAAGCAGCUCCAAUCAACUUCGACAAGGAGGCCUCGAUCCUGGAAAACGACAAGGCCAACGACACGUUUGAGGAGAUCCAUCCGUCUGAAACGGAAAGCCGGCUGGAUGCCGACGAGCCCGUGGUUGUGAGUCACGACGACUCCUCGGAUCCAGUGUAG